CGGUCGUCUCUCCACACGGCCGGCCACACGGGCUCUUCAUCUUCCUCUUCCUCAUCAGCUAGCAUUUUCUUCCUUGCUACAAAUACUCCUCGCGUGGGCUCUCUCGAUCCAAUCCCAUCUUCCGAUCCACCCAACACUUUGAAGCUCACAAUCAAGUCGAUCACGACUCACAAUCAAGGUCAAGCAAAAGCUUCGUUGCCAGCAGGAUGCCGAGGGCGUCCAAGAAGAAGCAGCGGUCGGCGUGGGGCUCCCUCCUGGGCAGCUGCCUGGGCGGGGGCGGCGGGAAGACGGGGAAGCAGGUCCGCCCCGGCCCUGGCCCGAGGAAGCGCGAGUCGUCGGCGGCAGCGGGGGCCGGGCAGCGGCUGUCGUUCACGGACGUGAUGAGCGCGGCGUCGGAGCAGGAGCUGUCGGUGUCGCUGGUGGGCUCGAACCUCCACGUGUUCACGGUGGCGGAGCUCAAGGCGGCGACGCAGGGUUUCCUGGACGACAACUUCCUGGGCGAGGGCGGGUUCGGCCCCGUCUACAAGGGCGCCGUCGACGACAAGGUCAAGCCGGGGCUCAAGGCGCAGCCCAUCGCCGUCAAGCUCUGGGACCCCCAGGGCGCCCAGGGCCAUAAGGAGUGGCUGUCGGAGGUGAUCUUCCUUGGGCAGCUCCGGCACACGAACCUCGUGAAGCUCAUCGGCUACUGCUGCGAGGACGAGAACCGGCUGCUCGUCUACGAGUACAUGGCCAAAGGCAGCCUCGAGAACCAUCUCUUCAAAAAGUUUCCUCCUGUUCUGUCGUGGUCAACCCGGCUGAACAUCGCGGUGGGCGCCGCCAAGGGCCUCGCCUUCCUUCAUGACGCAGAGAAGCCCGUCAUAUAUCGCGACUUCAAGGCAUCCAACAUCUUACUCGAUCCGGACUACAAGGCGAAGCUAUCUGAUUUUGGCCUUGCGAAGGAUGGACCGGAAGGCGACGAGACCCAUGUCUCGACACGUGUCAUGGGCACCCAUGGCUACGCCGCACCAGAGUACAUCCUAACUGGUCACCUCACAGCGAAAAGCGAUGUUUACAGCUUUGGUGUCGUUCUUCUGGAGAUUCUCACUGGAAGACGAGCCGUGGACAAGACCCGGCCUAGUAGGGAGCACCAUCUAGUCCAACACAUGCGGUCGUGGCUCAAAGACCCUGAAAAGCUAGGAAAAAUCAUGGACCCUGCGUUGGAGGGUAAGUAUGCCACCACGGCAGCUCAUAAGGCAGCCCUAGUGGCAUACCAGUGCCUGAGUGGCAGCCCAAAGAGCAGGCCGGACAUGUCGAAGGUCGUGGAAGACCUAGAACUGCUACUCAACCUCGUGGAUGAUGUUCCCGGUGAGCCGGUGAUGCAUGUAGCUUCACAAGAUGACACUAGGAAGGAAAGAACAAGAAGAAGAAAUGGAGAGAGGGAGAGCAGUAACGAGGGUCACCGGAAUAAAGCCAAGCCUCCGAAGAAGACCGUUAGAGGGAGGGGGAACCAAAGCGAGGAGCUUUGGGAGUGGAACACGCCCAGAGAAGGGAAGAUCUAGUGUAAUAGCAGGACACUUUCUUUGGUGGAACGUGGAUGUACAUGUUGAUGGUUGCACACUAGUUUUGAUUGGGGGGAGGGGGUCCCCCUUCCCUAAUUCGUUAAUUUUUUUAGUCGUUAUUGGCUUGGACUGGUUU